GAGAGCAGUGGUUCUGCUGCUGCUGGAUACUGCAACAUGGGCUGGCGCCUAGUGACCACUGUCAGCAACUGGAUCCCAUGCUUGUGCAGUGGUGCUCCGUGUCUGGUGUGCUCAUGUUGUCCAACUGGAAGAACUUCCAUAGUAACGCGAUUGGUGUACGCAACUAUUUUAUUGAUUGGCACAACAGUCGCUGGUAUUAUGCUUAUACCUGGAGUAGAAGAUCAACUGAGGAAGAUUCCAGGAUUCUGCGAAGCUGGAUACAAUGCACAGUUCCCUGAGGUUGAUCCGGCGAUCUGCAGAGUCUUAGUGGGUUACAAGUCUGUGUACCGUGUCUGCUUUGGAAUGGCCACUUUCUUCCUGCUGUUAGCUUUGCUUAUGAUCAAUGUGAGAAAUAGCAAGGAUCCCAGGGCUCUAGUACACAACGGCUUCUGGUUAUUCAAGUUUGGAGCACUUGUAGCAAUAAUGGUUGGUGCAUUUUAUAUUCCUGAGGGAUAUUUCAGCCGAGUGUCGUUUGGAAUUGGUUCAGCUGGUGCUUUUUGUUUUAUUCUGACUGAAUUGGUGCUGCUGGUUGACUUUGGUAAUUCCUGGAAUGAAUCCUGGCUAAAAAAAUCAGAAGAAGGUGGAUCACGGUGUUGGUACUUUGCACUUCUAUCAGUUACGUGUCUGAAUUAUGUGUUGUCAUUAACAACUGCAAUCCUGUGCUAUGUGUUUUACACCACAGUUGACAGCUGCAUUGAAAAUAAAUUUGUUACGAGCUUCAACAUGCUUAUUUGUGUUGUAGCUUCUUUAAUAUCAGUUCAUCCAAAGAUCCAGGAAUUUCAGCUUUGUACUGGCCUCCAAUCCUCCAUAAUUACUCUGUAUAUUAUGUACCUCACCUGGUCAGCAAUGACAAAUGAGCCAGAUGACACGUGUAAUCCUCGUACAAUGAGCUUUUUUGAGCAGACGUUUCCCAGCCCUGAUUUGAACAACACCCUGAACAAAAUCAAUGAUUCAGAUGCAGGGUUGAACUGGGAUAGCCAAUGCAUUGUUGGCAUGGCACUGUUUAUUAUCUGCAUCUUAUAUUUGAGCAUUAGGAAAUCCAGCUGCGCACAGAGGCAUAGUCAUUCCAUCAAUAAUCCAGACACUGGAUCUUUGGAAAGUGUAUCAAUACAGGAAGGUUGUGAAGAGGUGCAUCGCUUUCAGGAUAAUGAAAAAGGAGGUGUUCAUUACAGCUAUUCUUUUUUCCACUUUAUACUUUUCCUGGCUUCCAUGUACGUUAUGAUGACACUAACUAACUGGCACAGCCACAGCCCUGAUUUUAAGAGCAUAUCAAGCACUUGGAUUGCUGUAUGGAUGAAAAUUGCCUCCAGCUGGGUAUGCAGCACCCUUUACAUCUGGAUACUGGUGGCUCCUCUUGUUCUUGCAAAACAAGGUGAUUUUGAAGAACACAUAAGCUAGGAGUAAAAUGAAAUAAGAAGCAACAGAGUGGAAAAGGAGUUUGUGUUUCCAACCCAUCAGAGACUUCUGGAGCAUAUCUUAGUGGACUACAGUCUAAAUGAAAUGUACAUUUCAAAGUGUUACUCAUCUUUGUGGUCAAAAAAUUUAACCAGUUGUUAAAGAAGAAUAAUCGUGGGACCUAAUGACAUAACUGUGGAAAACUAGUUGAUUGAGCAAUCGACAGAAAUCAAGCGAACCUCAAGUGUGAGAGCUAAAUAUUCAGUUAUUUGUGAGGCCAAGUGAGGUAGCAACAAAUAUAUCAGCACUUACUCAAAACAAUUCCAAAAAAAAACAGAAAAUGGUUAACCAUAUGCAGAAAUUGAGUAAAAGGUCACAUAGAUUGAUAAUCAUAUUUAGUCAUUGCAGUCAUUACUCGUUCUGAGGUUCCUAUUAACAAUCCUAGCUUUCUAAGGUCGGUAAUAAUGCCCUCAGGUGUGUAAUAGCUAUAAACCUCCUAAAAUGGUUUUAUUGUUUAUCACUACACAAUAAAAUACAGACUUAUUAUUCAUUGUCAUGCUUUUAAUUCAUGGAAUAGCAAUAUAGAAACAUAGAAGAUAAGAACAGGAUGAGGCCAUUUGGCCCUUCGAUCCUGCUCUGGCGUUCUUCAUAAGCAUGGCUGAUCAUUCAACUCAACAGCUGAAUCCUGCUUUCUCUCUAUAACCUUUGAUCCCAUUCACACCCAAGUGCUAUAUCUAGUCACCUCUUGAAUACUUUCAAUGUUUGGCAUCAACGACUUCCUGUGGUAAUGAAUUUCACAGGCUCACUAUUCCGUGGGUAAAGAAAAGUCUCCUCAUCCCUGUCCUAAAUGGUCUAUCCCGAAUCCUCAGACUGUGAACCCUGGUUCUGGACACACCCACCGUCGGGAAUAUCCUCCCAGCAUCUACUCUGUCCAGUCCUGUUAGAAUUUUGUAAGUCUCUCUGAGAUCGCCCCCUCAUUCAUCUAUUAUUGUGGCUUAUGCAAAAUCAUUGUCUCAAUAGUAUAAAAUGCUUGAUUAAACUAAAAAGAAACUGUGAAUAAACUCAGCACAUAGUGUCCUAUAAACUUAAAGUUGAUAGGUUCAAUAAUGUAUUUCAGUACUCGUACUUAUAUGGUUCAUAGAAAGAAUCAGAAUUUUUUCUGCUUUCUGCAUUGAUUUGUCGUAAAAGUACACAUCAGGAAAGCUUGUGAUUUUCGUCUGUAAUGAUGUCCAGCUCUCAGUAUAACUAGAUUUGCAUAUGCAUUAUUUAUUGAACCCUAAUGCUUGUUGUAUGCUCCAAGGAAGUAGAAUACCAGAGUUCAUAUUGUUGCAAAUUUCAUUGUCGUACAAUAUUUUGAAAUAUGUUGGAGUCAAAGUCCAGCAGUUACAUAGCAGAACAUUCUCUGUAAAAGUUGAAAGAAAAUACUAACAGUAAUUUAGAGCUGUAGUAGAACCGACAGAUAUAGUGAUCUCUCUGGAAGUCAAUUUUCCAAUAAUUUAGGAUGCCUUUUCUGAAGGGGCAAUGUGAACACCAGAUCAUUGUUUAUCUUCAGUGAUGUUAAUUCAGGGAAAUUAAAGGAGUGAACGUGAGAGAAUACAGGAGGCAUAGAAGAUGCAAGACAAUGUAACAGUUCACCAUGAUACUUAAUUAUUCUAUCUAACUUGCAAUAGACAAGAGUGAUCCUGUGAUCUAGCAGAUUUAGGAACUACAAUCUAAACUAAAUAAAGCUUUAAGAUCUUAAAGAAAAGCUUCUGAUACUUGGACCAAUAUAGGGAGGGGAACGAAGAGAGUGAAACUACUUUAGGUUUUAUGAAAAUGAUAAAAUUACAGUCAUAGUAGGAACUGCAGAUGCUGGAGAAUCUGAGAUAACAAGGUGUAGAGCUGGAUGAA